AUGUCUCAUGAUCCAGAGCACAAACCCAAGGCUAACUUGAAUGACCCUUCAGGUGCCGAAAAACAUGAGGAGCUUGACACUUCGACUGCUAUCCUCAAGAAGAAGAAGAAGCCAAACUCGUUGAUUGUCACUGAUGCUGUCAACGAUGACAACUCUGUUAUUGCACUUUCAAACAACACCAUGGAGACACUCCAACUCUUCCGUGGUGAUACCGUUCUAGUAAAGGGCAAGAUGCGAAGAGACACUGUCCUGAUCGUACUGGCAGAUGAUGAUCUCGAUGAUGGCAGUGUUCGUCUCAACAGAGUUGUACGACAUAACCUAAGGGUUAAGCAUGGAGACGUCGUCACUGUUCACCCUUGCCCAGAUAUUAAAUACGCUAAACGUAUUGCCGUUCUACCCAUUGCUGAUACCGUCGAAGGCCUUACCGGGUCCUUGUUCGACGUUUUCCUUGCUCCAUACUUCCGCGAGGCCUACCGACCAGUCCGACAAGGUGACCUCUUCACUGUCCGUGGUGGUAUGAGACAGGUUGAAUUCAAAGUAGUGGAGGUCGACCCCCCAGAAUACGGAAUCGUCGCCCAAGACACUGUCAUCCACUGUGAGGGUGAGCCAAUCCAGCGAGAAGAUGAGGAGGGCAACCUCAAUGAUGUUGGAUAUGACGACAUUGGUGGAUGCAGAAAGCAAAUGGCUCAGAUUCGUGAGCUUGUUGAACUACCACUCCGUCACCCCCAACUCUUCAAGUCAAUCGGUAUCAAGCCUCCUCGAGGUAUUCUCAUGUUUGGUCCUCCUGGUACAGGUAAGACUCUGAUGGCCCGUGCCGUUGCCAAUGAGACUGGUGCUUUCUUCUUCCUGAUCAACGGUCCUGAGAUUAUGUCAAAGAUGGCUGGUGAAUCUGAAUCCAACUUGCGAAAGGCUUUCGAAGAAGCUGAAAAGAACUCUCCCGCUAUUAUUUUCAUUGACGAGAUUGAUUCCAUUGCACCCAAGCGUGAGAAGACAAACGGAGAAGUUGAGCGUCGCGUUGUUUCCCAGCUCUUGACUCUCAUGGAUGGCAUGAAGGCUCGUUCAAACAUCGUUGUUAUGGCUGCCACUAACCGUCCUAACUCCAUUGACCCUGCACUCCGACGUUUUGGCCGUUUUGAUCGUGAAGUCGAUAUUGGCAUUCCUGACCCAACUGGUCGUCUUGAGAUUCUUCAAAUCCACACCAAGAACAUGAAACUUGGUGAGGAUGUUGAUCUUGAAUCAAUUGCUGCCGAAACCCACGGUUACGUCGGCUCUGAUAUUGCAUCCCUCUGCUCUGAAGCUGCUAUGCAGCAAAUCCGUGAAAAGAUGGACCUCAUUGAUCUUGAUGAAGAUACUAUCGAUGCCGAAGUCCUUGAUUCUCUUGGUGUCACAAUGGAGAACUUCCGCUUUGCCCUUGGUGUUUCCAAUCCAUCUGCGCUUCGCGAAGUUGCCGUCGUCGAGGUUCCAAACGUUCGCUGGGACGAUAUCGGUGGACUCGAGGAGGUCAAGCGCGAGCUUAUCGAGAGCGUCCAGUACCCAGUCGACCAUCCCGAGAAGUUCCUCAAGUUUGGCCUUUCCCCAUCAAAGGGUGUCCUUUUCUACGGACCUCCUGGUACUGGUAAAACCUUACUGGCCAAGGCUGUUGCAAACGAGUGCGCUGCCAACUUCAUUUCUGUUAAGGGACCUGAGCUGUUGAGCAUGUGGUUCGGUGAAUCUGAGAGCAAUAUCCGCGAUAUUUUCGACAAGGCCCGUGCUGCAGCUCCUUGUGUUGUUUUCCUUGAUGAACUGGAUUCUAUUGCCAAGUCCCGAGGCGCUUCCUCUGGAGAUGCCGGCGGUGCUUCUGACCGUGUUGUUAACCAGUUGCUCACGGAGAUGGACGGAAUGACUUCAAAGAAGAACGUUUUCGUCAUCGGCGCCACUAACCGACCUGAGCAGCUUGAUAAUGCUCUCUGCCGUCCCGGUCGUCUCGACACACUAGUCUACGUCCCCCUACCCAACGAGCCGGAGCGUACUGCUAUCCUCAAGGCCCAGCUCCGCAAGACCCCAGUUGCCAGCGAUGUGGACCUUGCCUACAUAGCCUCUAAAACCCAUGGCUUCUCUGGUGCGGAUCUUGGAUUCGUUACCCAACGUGCUGUCAAGUUGGCCAUCAAGGAGUCCAUUGCAACUGCUAUUCGAAGAACCAAGGAGCGUGAAGCAGCAGGUGAAGAUGCGAUGGAGGACGAUAUUGAUGACGAGGAUCCAGUUCCUGAACUCACCAAGGCUCACUUCGAGGAAGCCAUGAAGGAUGCUCGACGAUCCGUCACCGACACCGAGAUCCGACGAUACGAAGCCUUCGCGCAGAGCAUGAAGAACACCGGCAGCAACUUUUUCAAGUUCCCUACUGAUGGAAUUAGUGCCGGUGAGACCGGAUUUGGUGAUGCUGGAAACGAUGACAGCCUUUAUGACUAA